AUGGCGGCUCCGAUAGAUGUCGACUAUCUGGUCAUCGGUGCCGGGGCAAUGGGGAUGGCGUUUGUGGACACGAUGCUGACAGACUCCAACAAGACUUUCGCCAUUGUGGACCGCGAUACGAAACCAGGAGGUCACUGGCCUCACGCAUACCCUUUUGUAAGGCUCCAUCAGCCAGCAGCUUAUUACGGCGUCAACUCGACUCCACUGGGAAGCAGCGCGAUCGACAGAGACGGCUGGAACAAAGGCCUCUAUACGUUGGCAUCUGGAAAUGAAGUCAGCUCCUAUUUUGAAAGGAUCAUGCAAGACAAGUUUCUUCCCUCUGGACGGGUCCAAUAUUUUCCAGAGCAUGAGUACCUUGGCGACCGCGAGUUCCGCUCCAACAAGAACACAAAACUCUACAGGGCCUCUCACGUGUGCUGCAUUGUAGAUGCGACCUACAGUUGGACGGAAAUACCCUCCGCUCGCCCGCCGCCCUACCACGUCGAGGAUGGUAUAGAUGUUGUUGCGCCAAAUGAUCUGCCGAACAAGUUUCAUUCAAGCCGUUUCGCCAACUUCACCGUGGUAGGAGCUGGGAAGACCGGAAUCGACAGUGUUCUGUGGCUGCUUGGGAACAAUGUUGAGACUGAGCGAAUCACCUGGAUCAUGCCCCGUGAUCCGUACUUCUUGGACCGUGAAGCAUUUCAGCCAGGGCCGAAAUUUGUUGCCUCUAAACAGGCUCGAACCGAAGGCUUGGGCAAGGCGGUCAUGGGUUCCAAAACUAUGGAGGACUUUGUAAAGCGACAGUUUGACAGCGGCCAUGUUUUGCAAUUCGAUGAAGACGCCGCACCAACCACGUUUCACUGUUCAACAGUCUCGAAACUGGAAUUGGAAGCACUGCGAAAGGUCAGCGACAUCGUUCGCAAAGGCCGCAUUGUUCAGGUCACGGAGAAAGAAGUGUCGUUGCAGAAGGGAAGCCACAAGCCCAAACCGAACAAUCUCUACGUCGACUGCACGGCGAACGCCAUUGCCAAGAUGCCUCUUGUUCCGGUGUUCCAAGAGGGCAAGAUCACUCUCCAGCCUGUUCGAACAUGCCAGCAAACCUUCAGUGCAGCUUUCAUCGCGCACGUGGAGACGACAUACGAGAGCCGAGCGCUGAAAAACCAGCUAUGCGGCCCUGUGCCAAUGCCAGACGUACCAGCCGACUUUCCUCUGGCCAUACUACUGACAAACCUCAAUACCGUCAGAUGGUACCAGCACCCCAAGACGUACCAGUGGAUCCGAGACAGUCGCCUGAACAUGUACGGAGAUUUCUUGCCAGCUCCUCCUGAGGAUCCAGAGAGGCAUGCCUCAUUCGCGGCGGGGUUGGCGGCGCCGACGGAGCAGCUGUCCGCGAAAUUGCUCGAGCUUGUUCUCGAUUCACCAAACAAGCAUAUAGCUCAGAAGAUACUGAGCGAGAACCAGAACGCAGACAGUCGACUGUGA